GUCAGUCGCUCGCUCUCGUGCGAUUUGCAGCGGGACGUGCUUUCGCAAGUUCAAAGGAGAGAGAGAGAUCGUUGCAAAAAUCAGCUGGCCGUGAAGCACGAUGCUUAUACCUGAGCUGUGAUCUUUGCCAAUAACUGCCGAGGAAAAAAGCACGAGUAGAAACACACAAUGCAGCAACUCAUCCAGCAGCCAGCAAAACAGCCGAAUCCUGUCGCUGGUCUGCUCAACGUCAAGGUCCCUGCUCUCGGCAAAAAGAGCCGCCUCGCCAACUGGAAGGUAUGGAGGUCGUUCUGGGUGACGGCGAAACGAGCGCGGUGCCCAAAGGGUUUGCGAGGAGUGCAGCUGAGUUUGGCGCCGCUAAAAGACAUGCACUUGGAAGAGCCCGAGGGCAAAGUCAGCAAGGUUUUCAUCCCCUGCGGCAGUUGCAUAAAAAGGACUUCGUCGAGGAACAAAAGCUACGUCUUUGCAAUUUUCCCAUCAGCCAGUUCCUCCGGACCCGCCCUGAUGUACCUGGCCGGAAGGUCGGAGAGCGAGUCUGAGCGGUGGAUGCGCGACAUCAACAAAUUUCUCGACCCCAACUUCAUAACAGAAAUCGAUGACGUGGCGCAGUUCGAAGUGACUGCCCUGCCGUGCGCCCUGAACGCGGCCGUCGGCAUCUCAGGGAUGGUGGGACUGCUGGGGCUGCGACCCUCCGGACUGGCGUUGCGGACGCAGUCGGCCGAGGGCGAGACCAAGCUGGGCCACCUGCUGGGCGCGUGGGGCUGGAGGCAAAUCGAUCACGCGCGGUGUCGUCUGGCCGCGGCGGCCCUGCCCGAGGACGACGGCAAGAUCUGUGUCAUCAGGACGACCAGUCUGUUUCCGAAUGGUGCCGGCGACAUGACCCUCUUCUGCGCCCGAGGCCGGCAUUUGGUCAAGGCGUUGCAGACCAAGACCGCCUCGCUGCUGUCCACCCUGCAAAGCGACGCCGGAAAACGGGUGCGCCGCGUCAGCCGCAGCGAGGGCGACCUGCGAUUCGCGUUCGCCCUCAUGCACAAAAACGCAGAGGCCGAUUCCGCGACCGCCAAAACCAAAAAGUGGAUUGAAAAGGUCAACGCUGAGAGCCAACCUGCGUCGAUGCCUGCAGGAAAUCCUUACUUGGACAACAUUAUUUCUUUAAACCGUGUGAGAUGCAAUUCUGAUCGGAAUCCGUGCGAUCAGGGCACUCCCACCAGUGGCAUCACCAGUCUCUCAGGAUCACCAUCCGAUGGCGGAAUAUCUGAGGACGAUUUGCAAGACUUUGAUGAGCCAAAUCCUGAUGACUUUUUGGAUCAAAGACGGAUCUCCAAUGUUUCGACGGCCUCGGGCGUGUACGAGACAAUUGAAGACGACAUGGAAGACAGAGGGCCAGCGAGGGUCGAUGAGCCGCCCCCUCUACCCCCGAGGGAGUACAAAUUGUACGCUAGAAGAAGACCUGGGGGACUGCAUGCCUUUCUUCGACUCCAUAGACUUUGGAGGAGCAAUUCUGAAAAUCACGUCGUCGCUCACUCGGAAGGCGAAGAGGACGCGGCGGGUUCUUCGGAUGUGAUUUACUCCGAGUUGAGUGACCCGCCCGAGAGCCCAGGCAGCUGCCCCGACUCGGAGCAAGACCUGAAGGUGAGCAACCUGCAGCACUCGUCCUCCUGCUCCAACCUGCCGCAGCAGCGCCCUGAGGAGGCCCUCGAAGAGUCCAUCUACCUGUCCAUGAACGCUUGCCAGCCGCGCAAACGCGUGAGCAGCGAGUCUGCGACUUUCCUGUCACGCAGGAAGGACCAGAAAAUCGUCGGCGGCGACGUCACCUCCAAUUCGCACGACAACAUUUACGUGACCAUGAACAUUAUCGACAGAAAGCAGUCGCUCACAAGCGAGAUUUACGCGCUCGUGACUGGUAUAGAACCAUCUGCGAAUAAAACGAGCGGCCCAUGAUGAGAUGUGCCGGGACUUUUCCACUGUUUAAUUGCACAGAAUUGCUCACAUCAAUAAUGGAGGACUCUGUGUUGAAAAAAGACUGUUAAGUGCUUUUUGCACAAAAAUAACGUGCAGCAGGGUUAAAUUUCAUGCAAUUGUAUACCAUAAUUAAAGCAAUGUUUUAUUUUCUCGCAA